GCAUCAACACCGUUUGCCCCUACGAAAAAUCCCUGCUCUUAUUUCAAUUUACUAUUUCAAUUUCGUGGGCUUAAUUGCUCAUUGACAGACAUUGCAGGUAUUAUUGCAUGGAACGUUUCCCUGAGAUCUGAUGAAUGGAUUUACUUCUGGUCCAAAGUGGUACUUGAAUUCUUAUACAGAUACGUCCAAAACAACUGAGAUAAAGCGGAUUAUAUUUCUAAUAAAUGGGAAUAAUACUUUUCCUGGAAAAUUGAUUCUUAUUGAUACAAGAAGAUAUAGUGACUUACAACAGCUCAUAGAUCUUUUAAAUUCCAAACUCUCACACUUUAUUCGUAGGGGUCAGACGAUUCAAAGGAUUUUUACUCCACGCGGUCGAAACCGCGUGUAUACCACAUCAGAACUUAUAAGUGGGGAGUUUUACGUAUGUGCGGGAAGUGAGCCUUUUCAAAAGAUAGAUUAUCCUAACAAAAACCGAAAAAAAUAUACCAAGGAAGGUUAGUACUCUUUUAUUUGCACCUUGUAAAUUUAUUGCUUUUCUAUUGCUGUAGUAUACAUUCAUUGACGUUGGUAUUCCGAUCUGAAUAAUGUGUGUCCACUGUACAAAAUUACAGAACACCAUAUCACUGACUUUAAGUAGUUAUCCCCGAAGCCAAAAUAUGCCACAAUAGAUAUUCUACUGGCUUUCUUCCAAAUCUAAUAGAGUAGAAUAACAGAUAGUAUUGCUUCCAGUGCACACCAUGUGUUCUUUUAUGAUUAUAUGGUGGCUAUUACUGGUUUUUGAUACAUUUCCAGUUUGUACAGAUUCUUGAUUGGAUAGAGAGGGUUUUCAGAUUCAGAUUCAGAUGAUAAGGAUAGUAGGCUCUUGUGGCCUAUGCUAAUCCCCGCAAAAUGUAUCUCUGCAGAGAUUUAGCUUCUCUUUGAAAGCAUUCAUCGAUGGAGCUGAUACUAAUAAAUCAGAUAAAGAAUUACAAAUGAGUCAGCUGAGUGAAACAUAUUCAUUGCUUAAAAGACCAAAAGUGAGAGAAUUCUGUAAAUCGAAUCAACCUUCGAGACUAUCCUUAGGUGAUAUCAGUCAUCCUGGUGGUAAUGCUUACACAAACCUACACUUUAUUUCAUCGAUAAAACACAACUUGAAUUCAGACGCUGGUACUGGUAUAGCUAUCAAAUCAAAGAACAAUAAUGAAAGAGCUCAAGAGUUCUGUUAUAGUGACAACAAUAAAACAGUUAGUAAUGAACCAACAACGCAAAUAACAAAAUUACUACGUCUAUUACCCCGUGAUAAUCAGAAAUGUGCUGGACGCAAGAUAACAGUGGUACGCUGUAAUCCAGACGGUAAAGGAAGAACAAGUGUUACUGUUAUUAUGGUUCGUAGAGCUGUACAUACCCUGGGUCAAGUUAUGUGUGAACUAAGCGAAGCCUUCGGUGCACGUUGGCAUAAUGAUCCGAUCAGACAUUUAUAUUCACUAACUGGUCGUGAAAUAAGAUCUGUAAAUGAAUUGUUUCGUAAAGAGAAAGUUUUUAUUGCUUCUGGAAUUUAUAAAUUAUUUGGUAAUAUUCACUUUGAUCUUACUAAAAAUAGUAAUAAUAAUAAUUGCAUUUUUAACAACAUUAAUCACAAUAAUGACAACAACAACAACAGUACGAAUAACUACACUCAUCAACUUUUAAAUUACAAUAAUCAACAUUAUUACGGAUUACAUUCAAAUCAAGAUAAAAAUCAUAUUGCCGCAAAUAGUAUUAUGUAUUUAAAGCCAGAAGAUAUCCGAAUUAUCCUGUCUGAAUUUUGGCCUGAUCAUCCUGAUCCAUCCAGCGUAGUUUAUCAAUGGGAACGACGACUAAGAAAUCGUGGUAUAGGUGUUGUUAGCCAACAGUUUGAGACCGACAAAAAUCAGUUAUUUGAAACAUCGAAAUCAAAGCAAAUUGUGCCUUCAAAAGUAAAUAAUAAUAAUAACAAUAACAAUUCAAUUUCAAGUGUUAAAUACACAUCAAGUGAAUCAUUAUUGGAAAAUGAGAAAAAAGAUAGUGGCUUUGAUGAGUCAAACAAUAUUCUGCCUAAAAUUGAUGAAGAACAAUUUCUUCAAGGAGAAAAUUUCACUACACCGACAAAAAUUUCACUUAAUUUAACCAAAGACAGUCCAACUAAAUCACCAGUUAAGGCAGUGAAGAAUAUUAUUCCCACUCAAAUCCCUGGAUAUGGUAAAACAAACUUCCACUUACCACACUCAAAGAACCAUAACUCUCCUCUAUCUGUUGCACAAGAUGAUAAUUCAAGUCUCUUAGAAAAAAGUAUUGUUGAAUUAUCACUUCAUGAGAAAGUGAAUGCAACAUUAGGAGAAAAAUAUCAGAAUACUACUACUACUACAGAAAUAACUGGAUCCAUGUUGUUGACAAAACAAAAUAUUUCCAAAAACAAUGCUAAUUCAAUGAUUCAUUUAAAUUCAAUAGUCCCAUCUUUACCAUUCUGUCAUUCAAUAUAUCCACAGCAUCAUUUUAAGGGAUUACAACAACAAAAACUACAAUCUAACAAUCUUCAUCUAUCACUUUCAUCUUUUCCACUUCAGCAGCAACAAAUAAAAUGCCAACAGUUAAGAAAACCGGAUAGUUUAAGCAAAUUACUAUCAAAGUAUCAUAAUCGUUUACAAAUAGGUGAGAAAGUUCUUCAAAGUGUAGAACAGCGUCGUGAUGAAUUAGCUACUAAAGAGAAUCGACUACCAUUGGUCGAAACACAAGAUGAUACCUUAAGGAAAACUGAAACCCCAGAAAAAGUUCCUGUGAAGUCGAAUGAUUGUCAAACAAACAAAUUAUGUCAUCAAACUAUACCCACUACAAAUCUUACCACGGAUACUACGAAUAAUGAGAAAUUUGAAGGGGUCAGCACAACAGUUUUACAUAAUAUGAAAUCAAUAAAACAGCCUAAGCUAACAAAUCAGACAAUAAAAUCAAAACAUUUCAAUCUAAAUCAACAAAUUAAAGUUAAUCCAGUCAUUGCCAAUAACACUGACAAAAAUAAUAGAGGUGAUCCUACAGGCAUAAAUGGUAACAGACAAAUUGACAAGUAUAGCAAUGAAGUACCUUCACAAUCCGACCCAAAAUUAUUAUUAAAACAGAAUAUAAAGGUAAAUGAAAAUAACAAUAAUAAUAAUAAGGCAUGGAUUGAUAAAGAUCAAGAACAAAAAAUUGAUCAAGAAGAGAAAAAUCAUGCCACAUCACAUAACAUUCCUACUGUUAAUCAUACGCCUAAUCAUUAUCAGCAUCAUAGUGAAAACAAUCAAAUUGAGUUGAAAAAUAAACAAGCUUUUAAUGAAAUUUCAACUGCUGUACAAAAUACUCCUCAUAAUCUUCACGUGAACGAAAUAGAUUUAAGCAGAACUAAAUCAUUAUCCAAUGAUCACAAACUUGACAACGGAAAACAUGAGUCAUUUGAACAACUUCCAAAUAAAACCUUUGAUAAUGAAAAGAAUGAUGUUAAGCUGAAUGGUGAAGAAAAACAUCCUCAAACAGCCAUCACAAAUGACACUGUGCCUGUUGUUACACAAAAGCAAAUGAAAAAUGCAGCAAUUAGAGAUAAAAAUUAUGCUGCCGGUAUUACGACUAAUUCUAGUUCUCCUAUAAAGUCAUUGAAUGCUAAUGAUGCAACGAAAAAUAAAUUGAUGGCCAACUGCUCUACAGUCAAUGUUAUUAAGAAAUCGGAUCGUGACGAGACAAAGUCCCUGUAUGCAUCUAUUGGAGUAACAUAUGUUCCAGACCCUGAAUUUUUAUCCAAACGUUAUCAUAUUGGACGUAAAUUAGGUGAUGGAAAUUUUGCUAUAGUUAAGUUGGGCAAACGACGUGAUACAAAUGAUCAGUAUGCUGUGAAAAUAAUUGAUAAAAAUAAGAUCACUGGUAAAGAGGCAAUGCUGUUAAAUGAAAUCAGUAUAUUACAUCAUUGUAGUCAUCCAAAUAUUGUUCGUUUAUAUGAAGAAUUUGAAACUUCAAAUGAAAUAUGGCUUGUAAUGGAAUUUGUUAAAGAUGGAGAUUUAUUUGAUGGAAUUACUCAGGCAACAAAGUUUACAGAACCAGUAGCAGCUGGAAUAGUUUCAGAUCUAGCUAAUGCAUUAUUUUAUUUACAUUGUCGGUCAAUUGUUCAUCGAGAUCUGAAACCAGAAAACGUCCUGUUGCUACGUCAAAAGAAUGGUCAGAUACGCGUAAAACUAGCUGACUUCGGAUUGGCAAUUGUUGUAAAACGAAAUAUGUUCACUGUAUGCGGAACUCCAACAUAUAUUGCCCCUGAGAUUCUACAAGAAUCAGGUUAUGGUUUAGAAGUAGAUAUGUGGGCAUUGGGAAUUAUAACUUAUAUUAUGUUGUGUGGAUUUGCUCCAUUUCGUAGUCCUAAUCGAAGACAAUCAAUGUUAUUUGAAAGUAUCAAGCGUGGUCAAUUUGUAUUUCUUAGCCCAUAUUGGGAUAAUAUAUCUUCAUGCGCUAAAGAUCUGAUCACUGCCUUACUAGUCGUAACGCCAAAGUCUAGACUAACAGCUCGAGAAACCUUGAUUCAUCCAUGGGUAUUUGGUUUAGGUUCACCUAGUUCAUCUGAAGAAUUCGAGAAACGUCGACUAGACUACCAAAAGGAGUUGGAACAAAUACAACAUACAACUAAACAAUCAAACAUUGAAAAAAUCACAGGCAAUUUAAUCAAUAACUACCAUACUACUAAUAAAAGUAACACUAAUGAAAGUAACAUUAAUGCUAUUAAAAAGGUAGAAUUACCAAAGGUUGUGAAAAUGAAUGGCGUACAAGAUUAAAUCAUUUAAUUAGUUUGAAUUAUUUUCAUACUAAAUGUGAUCUCACACACACUCCCACCCAACUACUUAAAAAGCAUAUGCUGGCGACGAUCUCAGCCUACUUUGUAAUUCUGAGGACAUCAAAAGCAUUUAUCACUGUUAUUACAACAAAAAAAGAAAUAACUGUUUGCCGCUUUUUAUUUUUCUCAAAUGUUUCUACUCAGAUACAUUGGAGUCGGGUAAAUAAAUGUUUGUAGAUUUUCACAAAUAUUUCAAAGGACAAAACAAAAACAAAACAACUUCUUUUUCUUUCUCACUAUCUUCCAACCAUCUUUUUUUCUAUUCAUGUUUUAUUUUACCAUGUCUUUCAUUGGUUAUUCAAUACACAUAGAUUGUUUUUACGCUUAGAGAAAGAGAGAGAUAGAAAGUAUCAGUUAAUCUACAAAGAUAUCCUUCCUAUUUUCUUUUAUUUAAAUAAUUAAAUUCUAACUUAAAGAGAGAAGAAACACAGAGUCUAUGUAAAUGACAUCAAAACAAUUCAAUGUGUGCUUCCUUUCACUUCUAUUGUAUUCAUAAUGUUGAAGUAAUUUUACCUAUUGAAUCAUGUAAUUAUAUUUAUACUGGGUUUUUUUUUUCAAUGCCAUAUAUAUAUAUAUACACACAAUCAUUUGUAAUAAUCAUGUUCAGGUGUCUUCUUUUGUUAUGAAUGCUACUCUUCUUUGAUUUUACUUCUUGAUUUCGCUGAUUUCAGAUUAUUAUGUAUGAUCAAAGUGAUUUUGAAUUUAUCACAGUGUAUGUUUGUACUUUAUCAUUUCACUUUAUAAUUUUCAGGAGUUAUUAUCAUUUUCAAAUCAGAUUAUUUGAAGAAGUGUAAACAAUUAAAUGCUGAGAUAAUAUGGAGAAUUAUUAUUAUUCUCUUGGGUUUCAAGUAGAACAUUAGGCUUUAACAACACAUCUUUACUU